AUGGCUACAAAGACAGCAAACAGUCAAAGACAAAUUAUCGGCUCUGAGGAAUACAGUCUGUACAGCAGCUUGAGCGAAGAUGAGCUUAUAAAGAUGGCCAUCCAACAGAGCUUAGAAGAGGACCCCAUGGGUCAGCCAGCUGCCCAGAGCCACCAGAAGCCAGUGGUGGCUGGUUCCAGUGAGGUGGCCACCCCUAGGUGUGCCAGCAAUCACCACCCACCCUACCACAUCUACCCUUGGCAAAGAAUGGCAGCCCAGCCGAGAGGCCGUGCUCAGCCAUCCAGCUCAGGGACGGCCUGGGGGGUCAGGCGAAGGUACGACGGCAGCCCGUUCAGCACAUCCCAGCCCAUAGAACUUGACCCUGUAGUGGCAGCAAUCAAGGAUGGAGAUGAAAAGGCAGUAUGCAACAUGAUGAAAUCAGGAAAAGACCUUUCUGAACCUAAUAAGGAUGGCUGGAUACCCCUCCAUGAAGCAGCAUACUAUGGCCAAGUGGGCUGCCUGAGCUUGUUGCAAAAAGCAUACCCCAGCACAAUUGACCAGCGCACCCUCAAUGAGGAGACAGCUCUCUACCUGGCUACCAGCCGGGGCAACCUGGACUGCCUGCUCACCCUGCUGCAGGCUGGAGCUGAGCCUGACAUCUCCAACAAGGCCAGAGAAACACCACUUUACAAAGCUUGUGAGCGCAAGAAUGCAGCGGCUGCAAGACUCCUGGUACAGUACAAUGCUGAUACCAACCAUCGUUGCAAUCGAGGGUGGACUGCUCUCCAUGAGGCUGUCUCUCGAAAUGACCUGGAAAUUAUGGAUAUCCUUGUGAAAGGAGGUGCCAAGAUUGAGUCUGCAAAUGCCUAUGGGAUCACUUCUUUAUUUGUGGCAGCUGAGAGUGGGCAGUUGGAAGCUUUGAGAUACCUUGCAAAAUGUGGUGCUGAUAUAAAUACUCAAGCCAGUGAUAAUGCCUCUGCUCUUUAUGAAGCCUGUAAAAAUGGACAUGUGCAUAUUGUGGAGUUUCUUUUGUCCCAAGGAGCAGAUGCUAACAAAGCCAAUAAGGAUGGCCUGUUACCUCUUCACAUAGCAGCCAAAAAAGGGAUUUGCGAGAUUGUCUCCAUGCUGAUCCCUGUGACCAGCCGCACCCGCGUCAAGCGUAGUGGCAUCAGCCCACUGCACUUCGCAGCUGAACGCAACAACGAUGACAUCUUGGAAGAGCUGAUUGAUGCUGGCUACGAUGUCAACACCACCCUCUCUGACGAACGGUCCUGCCUUUAUGAGGACAGGCGCACCACUCCCCUCUAUUUUGCUGUUUUUAACAAUAACAUCUAUGCCACAGAGCUCCUGUUGCAAGCUGGAGCCAACCCCAAUGUUGACCUCAUUAACCCAUUGCUCAUAUCCAUCCGCCAUGGCUGCUUGAAGACCAUGAAGCUGCUUCUUGAUCAUGGAGCAAAUAUUGAUGCUUAUAUAUCAAGCCAUCCCACCACAUUUCCAGCCACCAUCAUGUUUUCAAUGAAGUACCUUUCUGUGCUGAAAUAUCUCCUGGAUCUGGGCUGUGACGCAGGUUCCUGUUUUGAAUGUCAGUACGGAAAUGGCCCACAUCCUGCAUUAAAUUACAGACGGGACAGACUAAAUGAACCCCAGCUCUCCAAGGAGCCAACCACAGUGCAGUUUUGUGAAAUGGUGUCUACUCCAGAGAUAAGUCGCUGGGCCGGGCCAAUCAUCGAUGUUCUCCUGGAUUACGUGGGUAAUGUGCAGCUCUGUUCCAGGCUUAAGGAGCAUAUUGACAGCUAUGAGGACUGGGCUGUCAUUAAAGAAAAAGCAGAGCCCCCACGACCUCUUUCCCACCUUUGCCGCGUCAAGGUACGAAGCCUGGUUGGAAGGAACCGCAUUAAACUUCUUGACACCUUGCCUCUCCCAGACAGACUGAUUCGGUACUUACAGCAUGAUUACACACAGUGACCCCAGGCACACUGGACAUGCAGCGGCUUCCCAGCAUGGCACUCAGUGUCAUCAGCAUGGCACGGAUGCACAUCAUGCACAGUGGGGAGGAAUUGCUGCUGGCUUGGUCAAGUGCCCUCCAAUAACUAAUCUAAGAGAAAUAUGCUUCUAAAGCACGAGUGAGAAGAAAAUGGAGGAGACAGAGAGCUAAACAUUGGUCUGUUCUUAAGUUUUCCAACAGAAAACACAUGUAGUUCAGCUCACAGUUUAGUCUGAAAAGAACAAGACAUGAAAGCCAACACUGAAAAAUGAGUAGUGCCGAAGCAAGUAUCAGUGAGGAGUUCAAAGGUGUCCUGCAGUGUGGUGGAGUUUAGCAUCCUUGCUGUGAUCACAAUUCGGAAAUUGACAAGCGUCAAAAUAGUUAGGAAAAUAAUCACAUUUCCUUCACUGUCUGAGAUUUUUGUUUUAGUUUUUAUAGUGGUGUUUGGAUUUCUGCUAAGUGUGCUGGUUGCUAAUUGUCCAACACUUUGACACCGUUCUUGCUUACACUUUUACUUUCAUUUUUGGGAUCUUUCUUAUUGAAUACUUGAUUUCUAAACAUUCAAAUCUCAGAACGUUUUUAUAGACUAACAUCCAGAAAUUAUAAUUCCUUUGAAAGACAUCGAAAAGUUUAUUGAAGAAGGAUGCAAGAAUUGUAUUUGCAUGCAGUGAAUACAGUUCUUUUUGAAUUUUAUUGCAAUAAGAAGUAGGCAAAAUUCUGCUUAAGAGAACUUCUUGGACUGAGAAUUUGAAAGCAACU